AGACACAGGGCUGAUCACGCGGAAUUAAAACGUGGCCACGGAUUAACACAGGAGCCGGCAAACUCUCCAAAAUGAGGGGGACGCUGGAAAAUGUCGAAGGAGUCCCCAUGGCCGAUGCAAUUGUCAAAAACUGGCAACAAAUCAAGACUUUUGAAGCCAGACCUGGUGACAUCCUCAUUUCUACGUACCCCAAAUCAGGAACCACGUGGAUCCAGGAGAUAGUAGAUUUAAUCAUGAACAACGGAGACGAAGAGAUUUGUAGAAGAGCCCCCAUUUACGAGAGGAUCCCGUUCAUUGAGUUGAUGCAUCUGAUGAAACCGGGGUUAGAAGAAAUUAACGCGAUGCCUUCGCCCCGAGUCCUGAAGACCCAUCUGCCUGUGCAGCUCAUCCCGGCUUCUUUUUGGGAACACAAUUGUAAGGUCAUCUACGUCGCCCGUAAUGCCAAAGAUACGGUCACCUCCUUUUAUCACUUUGACCACAUGGUUAAAAUUCACCCAGAACCAGGAACCUUCCCCCAAUACUUAGAGCGAUUUAUGAACGGCAACGUCGGAUGGGGCUCUUGGUAUGACCACGUGAAAGGAUUUUGGGAAUGGAAAGACAAGCGUGACAUUUUGUACCUUCUCUACGAAGACCUUAAAAGAAAUUCUCUUGAAGAGAUCCGGAAGGUGAUGAGGUUUUUGGAUAAAGAUCUCUCCGAGGAAGUGCUGAAGAAGAUCGUACAUUUGAGUUCCUUCGCCCAGAUGAGGAAGAACCCGAUGGCCAACAACUCAACGUUCCCCAAGGAAAUCAUGGACCAGACUGAUAUGAGCUUCAUGAGAAAAGGCACGGUUGGCGACUGGAAGAACCUAUUUACUGCCGAGCAGAGCAAACGGUUUGAAGAGCAUUACAAACAACAAAUGAAAAACACUACUUUGAUAUUCCCGUCAGCGAUCUGAUUACACGGGCCUACAAUCCGGGGGAAAAUAUCCACAACCAAUCCAAAAAUCCAUCAUUUUCAUCGCUCUGGGAAAGGUCGCAAUUAUUUUUCACAUACCAAAAAUCUGCAUUUCCUUAUUUCAAUUUUUCAAUAUAUAUAAAAAAAAAUACUGAAUGUAAAUUUUAAUAAAUGGGCGGGGUUAAUGCCGAUAAACCA